AUUAUCGCUCAGAAAAAAAACCAUGGCAAACCAUUCUGACGAGGCGGCAGCGAAUGCAGAGGCGGCGGCGGCGACUGCUCAGCCGACUGUGAACGAUCAUGUCCUCCAGCAGCAGCUGUUUUGGGCAGCUCAGCUUCAAGAGAUCAAACAGAUAAGAGAUUUUAGGGUCCACAGUCUUCCCAUUUCCCGAGUCAAGAAGAUCAUGAAAUCGGACAAGGAUGUCCAUAUGAUUUCUGCUGAAGCGCCUAUUCUGAUUGCUAAGGCAUGUGAGCUCUUUAUUCAGGAGCUCACCCAUCGUUCCUGGCUUAACGCCCAGGAAUACCAGCGUCGGACUCUGAAAAAGACCGACUUCAUCACGGUGCUUAGGGAGACUGAACUCUUUGAUUUCCUUGUGGACGCCAUUUCUAUGGAUGAGACCGAGGAAGAAGUUACUGGUUUUGUGCCUGGCAUGCUGGGCAACAUACCAAGUCGUAUCCCAUACUGUUACUCACCAAUGGGACCUCCUGCUCCCCCAAUGGGACCUCCUGCUCCAUCAAUGGGACCACCUGCUGCACCCCGGGGAAUCAUGGGAAGGCGUGCUAUGCCUUGGGUUGCACCCUCAGUGAACGUCCCGCCUCCGUUGUACCCGCGGCAGUCCGGUUGGCAUGCUGCUGGCGGUAAUCCCUAUGCUACUGGAGGGAGCAGUGGACAGGGUAACGGUGAUCCUCAAAGUUAAAGAUCAUGUUCUCUGUUGAUCCAAAUGCUCAGUGGCACUGGCACAACGGAAGCUUCUUAUUGCUACUGUCUAUGGGUAAACUACUUUUAAUCAAAUGCUUCCACGUUGUUUCAUUCAUGGCUUCUUUUGGAUUGCUGUAACUGUUAUCUGCCGUUGUUCUUCUAGGGAAGAAAGACUAGUCAAGAAAGAAUUUGAGGAGAUAAC